AUGUCCACCAGAAUGGCUACGGCCUCCAUCAAUGUGUCUACCAUCCAAUGUGUCAAUGGCAUUGGUCUUGGUCCAGUAAAUUGUUCAAUCUCAUUUGAUGGCCACUUGAACAUUGUUGAUGCACUGCCUUGCAUUCCUAUGCAGAUAUCUAUCCAUGUCCCUGAAGAAUAUUCACACCUUAGGCCAUCUUUGCACACCUCUGAUGCAAUGCCUCAUACCCCACUUCAACCUCUGUCACAUACAAAUUUUCCUUACCUUCCACUUUCCCCUACUUUUAACCACCUCAAUGGUGCAGCAUGGACUUCCCUCACUGAUGAAAUUCAAUUUUGGUUGGUCCACAGCAUCACUGAGAAGCAUUCACCCAACUGGCUAUGGAGUUGGGAAUUUUUCUGGAUGGCAUUCAUUGCAGCCUUCCCUCAGUUCCCCCACAAUGUGUGGCUGACCUGGAAUCCAUUGGUCCCAAUGGAGGGUCUGUUCAUUUGUAAUUGGGUUUCAGAGCUCAACUCAGCAUAUAAGCAUAAGGAUUGUGGUGAUAGAAAUCUGAGGCACCACUGA